AUGUCAGCCAUAUCAUUGUUAUUAUUUCGUCGCACUGUUCAAUUUCAACCAAUACGUCAGAUUCAUUUGACGAAAUGCAUGUGUCAAGAACGUUAUUUUACUAAAAAACAUGAAUGGAUACAAUUGCUUGAUGCGAACAAAAAGUCCAUCGAAGUUCGCGUCGGAAUCAGUGAUCAUGCUCAACGUGCUCUAGGUGAUGUUGUUUACUGUGAAUUGCCAUCAGUUGGUGCGAAAUUCAAACGUGAUGACACAUUUGCUACGUUAGAAUCAGUUAAAGCUGUUUCUGAUUGUUAUAUGCCAAUCGAUGGUGAAAUAUCGGAUGUGAACGAGAAAUUGAAGAGUGAAGCUGAUUUGAUUAAUAAGAGUCCAUAUGAAAAUGGUUGGCUGAUUCAGGCAUUUAUUAAUGAUAAAGAAAAGAAGAAUAUCUCAUCGACGCUGAUGACCGAAAAGCAGUAUAAACAGUUUUUAGAAACAAAUAAAGAAGCUGGUGAUCAUUGA